AUGGCGAGCAAUCUGGAGAGCAUCUUCAAGAUUUUUGACAGCGACGGAGACGGGAAACUCACUUGCAUCGAAAUGCACCAGGCACUUGGUGCGUCUGGAUGUGCCCCCUCCGUGGAGGAAGUGCAGGAGGCCGUGAAAGCGAAGGGGAGCGACUUUGGCGAUUUUGCCCUCUUCAAGGCUCUCUACGGCGCGUGCUUGGAAACGCGAAUCUCCGCGGCUGAACUCGUGCCUCUCUUUGGAGUUGUGGAUCCAGCAAAGAAGGGCGUUGUCGACGCUCGGUCUCUGAACUAUUUGUUGACGAAUUUCAACGAGAAACUCACCCCUGCGGAGGCUGACGAAUUCAUUCAAGGCAUGCUCGGUUUGCCUAAGGAGGGGACCGUUCCCAUUCCUGACGUGGCUCAAAAGCUGGAACAACUCCAGAAAAUUUAA